GUCUGUUUGUCUGUCUGCCUGUGCAAGAUGCGGCCAUGGCUUCAGGCUUUUGCGACAAGUGUUCCCGUUUGCUCAGAGAAUUCGCUGUAAAUCUGAGGAGAGUUUGCAGAGACUUAGAGCAGAAAAUAAGGGAAGUUUUCAGGGAGAUUUGCCGGUGCACCUGUUUUGGGAGCUCACCUGAGCGGACGGCGGCGCAGGAAUUGCAGUCCUUACACCUCAUGUGUGGUGACAAUGACACUCAAGACCUCACUCAAGAAAGUCUGCAAGCACUGAACAGACUUGCAUCCUCGGAAAACCCUGAUCUACAAAUAACUGCAGCCAUGUAUUAUCUACAUCUCAGUCAUCACUUGACAUCUCCUCUACCAGAUACCUUCAUGGAGCCAGUCAUGGCUUUACUUUUAUCAGCCAACCUAGAUGUGCAGAAGACAAUUUCACUCUCCCUGGUCAAUCUGUUACUAAAGAAUAAUGUGCGUAAAGAGUUGGUGAUUGACAUGGGGAUGCUGGUGCCCAUACUGGAGUUGUUCCAGUCCGGUGAUCCUGCAGCUCAGUGUCACUCUUGUGCAUGUGUUGCCCUGCUGGCCUCCUCGGAAUCAAACGGAGAUGCUCUACUGGUUGAUGGAAUCAUACCGCUGUUGGCUUUAGCAAAAUCCUACGAUCCAAAGGUGCAACAGAACGCAACGUGGGCUCUGCUGCUUCUCACCCAGUCAGACUGGUCGAUGAGGAUUUUAUGUCAGGCAGGGGCCAUUCCUGUUUUGGUCCUCCUGCUGCAGUCCUCAGACUCGGAGGUUCAGUUUUACAGCUGCUCUGCUCUGUGCAACAUUGCCGCUCUCCAGGAGCAUCACCCGAAGCUGCUCAGCAUCGGGGGCCAUUAUUUGUCAAAGUGUCUUUUGACUCUCAUGUCGUCCUCUGUGCAAAAGAAUUCAGCUCAAGCGUGCCGAUGCCUUCAAACCCUCUCAAAGAGCGUGCUGAUCCAAGAGCAGCUGAUGGAGCUUGACUGUGUGUUGCCUCUGAAGGCCCUGCUGAAAACCUCUACUCCUAUGUGGACAGAGUCUGCAAUAACACUCCUGUCGACACUGUCUGCGCACCCACAAAAUAAUGACAUCCUGCUGAGUGAAGGGCUGCUGGAGGAGAUCAGUCGGCUGCUUCAUCAUCCCAGGCCCAGCUCCGUUAUAGUCGCGCACAGCUGCAAGAUAAUCACUGACCUGUGUAGCUCCCGCAUGGGUGAGCAGGCUGUGAUGGAAAGUCUGUGUUUGCCGGGACUCCUCCGGGCUCUACUCUCUCCCUCCCUGUCAGACGAGACGCUGCUCCACGUGACAUCAUGCCUAAGCCACCUGACGACAUGGGACACAAUUAAGGCUAAGUUGUCGACAACGAUAACACCAGAGCAAGUUUCGGGGCUGGUGAAGCUGUCCGCGCAGAUAAGACAUCCUCAGCUCUCGUAUAACUGUGCGGCUAUCAUAAGCAAAUUACAAAUGACUGAGGAUCUGAUACAGUUGCUGAGGCCUCACUACAUUUCCAUGUCCAAAUACUUGUUGGCUUUUCUCAAAAUGAAAGAUGUUAAAUUCCAGCAGCUGGCCAUAGUCACCGUAUUCAACCUGACCAAAGAUGGAGGCUUCUCCUCUCUGCUGGCUAACAGUGAACUGGAGGCUCAGCUGUGGACGGUGCAUGCGCAGACGGAGGAAACAAGACAGCUACUGCAAAUGAUUCAGCCUCUUUCCCCUUCUUCGGUUAACCCUUGACUUUCCCUGUACAAACACUGACAUAUUUGCACAGCAUGAACUGCAUAAGAUGUUUACAUUCAUGCACUGUAAUGAUAUUUUAUAUUCUGUGUGUGUGUGUGUUUUUUAGCAUGUUUAAAUGUGUUUUUUUAAUUAUUGUUUUUAUGUUUACAGCUCACAAAUAAUAAAAAAAACAGAACAGAAGUGCGGCAUAGUAUCAACUUUAAUCAAAUAUGGCAUAUAUUUUGACAUUUUAACAGCAUGUGAUAGUCAUAAGCAAAUCUAAACUAUAAGAUCAAAUAUUCAUGAUUUCGGAUACAUUUGUUUUCUAUGGUUGUAUUAUAAUAAACCCACUCAACCCCUA